AUGAAAAAGAUUGAUUGUUUGAGGGGAUGUGCAUUUUCUGCAAUAAAAGUCCAUUCACCAAUAGCUAUAAUAGGAGGUGGAACUGCCGGAUUAAAUGUAGCAGCUCAAUUGAUAGCUGAUGGUCAUGCUAUUCCAUAGCAAAUUAGAAUUUUCGAGCCAUCUAAGAUUCAUGCUUAUUAACCAGGAUGGACCAUGAUUGGUGGCGGAUUGUGUGAUGUAAAAUAGACACUCAAGCCAAUGGAUUAAGUGUUUCCUAAGAAUAUUUCAGUUUCUGAUAGUGCUGUUACUAAAAUAAUUCCUUAAGAAAACCAAAUAGAAACAUUAGAUGGAGGGAUAUACACCUAUGAUCAAUUAGUAAUUGCAACUGGAAUUUCAACCGAUUUUGAUUCCAUCAAAGGCGCACGAAAAUACCUUGAGGAUUCAAAUGCUCCUGUUGCUUCAAUCUAUAAUUAUAAAUAUGCUGAAAAAAUGAAUAGACUUGUGCAGGAAUUUGAAGGAGGAAACAUAGUGUAUACUGAACCUCCUCUGCCAAUCAAAUGCGCAGGAGCUCCUUAAAAAAUUAUAUAUCUAUCUCAUGAUCGAUUGAAUAAAAGAGGAAUAAAAACACAUCAUCAUUUUUAUAAGACAGCUGGAGUUAUUUUUGGAGUUCCCAAAUAUGCUGAAAUCCUAACAGAAUUUUGCAAAACUAAAUAAAUAAAUUGCCAUUUUAAAUAGAAAUUGGUAGAAGUUUAAGAUCAUGUCGCCAUAUUUGAAAAUUAAGAUACUAAGGAAUUGAAAUCUGUCUCAUUUGAUUUAUUACAUCUAGUUCCACCUUAAACCCCUGGUUAAUUCAUAGCAAAAAGUGGUUUAGGAGAUUAAGCUGGAUUCACACAAGUCAAUCCUAAUACUUUGUAACAUGUGACCUACAAAAAUAUAUGGUCACUUGGAGAUUGUUCUUCUCUUCCAACUUCUAAGACAGCUGCUGCUGUUAUGGCCUAAACACCUGUUUUAGUUAAAAACUUAAUAAGAAGUUGGAAACUUAAACAAGAUCCGCUUCCAGGAUAUUUAGGAUAUACUUCAUGUCCCAUAUUUACAAGUUAAUCCAAAUUAUUACUGGCAGAGUUUAAAUAUAAUUCAGAACUUGAUGAAACUUUUCCUAUAUUUUAAUCAAACGAAAGUCGAUUGAUGUUCCACUUAAAAAAGGAUUUCUUUCCAUUUGCUUAUUGGUAGAUCAUGGUAAGAGGCUGGUGGGGAGGUAGAGAUGGUCUAAGAUUCUUUAAAGGAGCAUGAAAUUUCAUUUAUCUAUUAUGUUUUAAGUUAAAUAUAUAUUAAAUUAAAAAA